ACAGAUUGAAUGAGUAGAAAUUAGAUUAAGCUUAAGGAUAGGUUUUGUGAUGAAUAUCAAAAGAGGGUUUCUGAGUUCAUAGGGGCUGCCAGCAAACAUGUUGAUACGCUAGGUAGAACUAGAUGCCCUUGUAAAAGGUGCAAUAAUCGAAACUUCAAGAAGUUGGAGAUUGUCGUAGAUGAUAUAACCAGGAAUGGCAUGGUGGAGACAUAUACUACAUGGAUCCAUCAUGGUGAGUCGUUUGACUUUGGGAGUACUAGACAUCAGCCUAGGCAACCUACAGUUGCGCCUGAGACUGAGGUUUAGAGGAUGACAUGGCAGAUAUGUUAGGGGAUAUGCUGCGUGCUUCUUCUGGAAAUGCUCCUGUCAUUGAGGGGUCAACAACACCUAAUUAUUCUAAUCUAACAGACCUCAAUGAUAAAUUGGCUCGGCUAAUCCGUGAUGCCAAUUUGCUAUUAUACCCUGGAUGCAAAGACUUUUCUAGAUUAUCAUUUGUUAUGAAAUUGCUGAACAAUAAACUGGUAACCAACAGUACUGAUAAAGCCUUCAGCAUGAAUCUGGACCUAGUCAAGAAAGCUUUACCUGUUGGUGAGACGCUUCCUUCUUCCUUCUAUGAAGUUAAGCGGUACAUGGAAGAUCUUGGGUUAGGUUACACCACUAUAGAUGCAUGUCCAAAUCAUUGUGUACUCUAUAGAGGUCCUCUAGAUUCUGCCAAGUCAUGUCCCAAAUGCAAUGAGUCUAGAUACAUACCUGGGAAACAAAAUAAUGUAGCCCAAAAGAAAGCUAGGUAUUUCCCAGUAAAAGAUAGGCUGCAAAGAUUGUACAUGACUAAGGAGGAUGCUAAAGACAUGAGGUGGCAUAAGGACUUGCGUGUCGAUGAUGAUACGUUAAGGCAUCCGGCAGAUGGAAAAACUUGGAAACGAUUCGAUGAGGAACAUAGUUGGUUUUCAGCAGACCCUAGGAAUGUUCGCCUUGCUCUUCUAAGUGAUGGGUUCAAUCCUUUGGGAACAUGAGCAAUAGCUAUAGCAUGUGGCCCGUCGUGUUAACACCGUACAAUCUCCCGCCUUGGAAAUGUAUGACAGAACCUUAUUUUAUUCUUGCUGUCAUUAUACCUGGAGAGAAAUCGCCUUGUAAUAACAUACAUGUGUACUUAGAGCCCCUAAUAGAAAUGUUGAGAGAGUUAUGGGAGGAUGGGGUCAGUACGUAUGACGCACACUCAAACGAAACAUUUCGUUUACAUGCUGCGUUGUUAUGGACAAUAAACGAUUUCCCGCAUAUGGCAUGCUAUCGGGCUGGAGUACGAAGGGGAGAUUAGCCUGUCCUGUAUGUAAUAGUGAGACAUGCUAUGAACGUUUGGAUUUUAGUCAUAAAAAGUGUUACAUGGG